AUGGAUCUCCUGGACAUGGCCCAAGACUCAACAAGCCACCAUGAACCCAUUAGCUUUGGCAUUGACCAGAUCCUGAAUAGUCCAGAGCAGACUGCAGGAUGCCCGUACCCAAGGGCAGAGGAGCCUGAGCAUCACGGAGCUGGUGCCUACUGUGCCAUGUUUGGUCCAGCCAACUCGUCUUACAGCCUAAACAUGAGGAUGGAUGUCAGCAUGAACGUCAAUGUCCGACCAGGGGGGGUGAUAAGAGUCCCUGCUCACAGGCCCCUACCACAGGUGGUCCCCACACAAGGGGCCCCAACCCUACCCACAGUGGCAAGAAUGACAGGAUUCUCCGCACUCACGUUCCCAUGGAUGGAGAGUAGCAGAAGAUCCCCAAAAGAGAGGAUGACAGCUGCCCUCCCGGCCUUCUCUUUGUCCCGGCGGAUUGGGCAUCCUUAUCAGAAUCGCACACCACCAAAGAGAAAGAAACCUCGGACUUCAUUCAGCCGUCUUCAGAUCUGUGAGCUGGAGAAGAGAUUUCACCGGCAGAAGUACCUGGCAUCGGCCGAAAGGGCCACUCUGGCCAAAUCCCUGCGUAUGAGCGACUCUCAAGUCAAAACGUGGUUCCAAAACCGCAGGACAAAAUGGAGACGUCAGACGGCUGAAGAAAGGGAAUCGGAGCGACAGCAGACAAAUCGUAUGAUGAUGCAUUUUCAGCAGGAAGCCUUCCAGAAAAGUCUACAGCAGUCUCUUCCCCGAGACCCUUUGUGUACCCAUAACUCCUCACUCUGUGCCCUGCAGAACCUACAGCCGUGGGCCGAUGAGACAGUCGGCUUAUGACUUGGAUCUUCUACUGAGGCACCAGUGACAUAUCCGAUAUAAGAUAUGAGGAUGUUCUUGGUCCUGUACUCCAUGGAGAGCACCUUGGACUCUGCUCGGUGGCCUCCUGCUUGCAGUGAACUCCAUCAUUGUGGAACGAGAAGAUAUCCAUGAAGAUUGGCCACAAUGUGGUGGGGAGAGAAUGGGCAGAACUUUGUACAGUAAAACAUUUCUGUUUUGUACAGUGGACGUUCUAUAUAUUUUCUUAUUUAAGUUAAACUAAGCUUCAUCUCUCCCAUCUUCACCAUGCCCUCCAUUUCUUCAAACUACAAUAUCUCUACCAUUUCUUUCUUACCUCCUCCAUCUCCACUAUCUCCUUCAUCUGGUUCAGCUCCUCCAUCUACUGUAUCUCCUUUAUCUCUACUCCUAUUUCGUCUCCUCUAUUUCCUUCAUCUCCUUUACUUUAUCUCCUCCAUCUCCACUAUCUCUACCAUCUGCCUUAUCUCCAACAUCUAAUAUUCUUCAUCUCUACAAUAUUCUGCCUUCUCUCUCCUCAACCUCCUUUAUCUCCACUAUGCUCUCUGUCGUCUUCAUCUUCUCCGCAUCUUCUUCAUUUCUUUCAUCUCUGUAAUCCCCAAUAUUUUCAAUAUUCUAUUUGGUUCAUCUUCCUUAUUCCACCAUCUCCUCAGUCAUUAAUCUCUGUAAUCUCCUUCAUUGUUUUCAU